AUGCCGGGAUCUCGGAUGUAUCAGGUUCGAGUGUCAAGUGUAGCACCGCUGGAUACGGUUACAGAAGCAGCCGUGCACGACCAUGCGGUGCUCCUUUGCUGUGCGCUCCAGGGCCUAAAGAAAGAUGCCUGGGUGUGCGUAGGCAGCGUGGAAGGCGGCAAUGAGCACACCUGGGUUAUGACCCGUGAGGGCUACGGCACCAUCACCUUCUGGGAAGUCACCACUGGGGCGAAGUACCACCUCGGGCAGCGAUGGUUGGGAAAGAGUGGCGACCAGUGCAUCCCACAGGUGGACAAGCGCUUCAAGGAUCGGCAGGCAAUGGCCGACUGGAAAGCGGAUGCUUCCUUGCAGGAGCGCGCCAACUUUAGCAGGCAGCAGCAUUUGCAGGGCAUGGACCAACUUACGAGGCUUCCUGUCGCACCAUGGCCCGAGCUGUGCAAGAAGGAGAUGCUCGCCGCUAUCCCUUACCUCAGCAUCGAGGUUAUCUUCAACGGCUAUGAUGUGUAUGGGAAUCUGCUGAACCAUCACCCGGCGUGCAUCUACUACGACAUGGAAAUUGACCGCAACUCCUGGCACAGUCUUGCCGGGUCCGAUCUGAAGCAGCAGAUGUACUUGGGCAAGGAAGUCGCCAUUCCGGUGGGUCCAAAGGUGUCGAGUUUCACGGCAGACACGCUGGAAAAGAGCAUCGAGAACGAGCUGAAAGAGAGUAUCCGAAUGAUCCGCAUGCGGAUCGGCUUCGAGAGCGCCUACGAGGACAGUGAGGUCCGCGACGAGGCUCUCCGCACCUACCUGGGUCACUUGGAGAAAGAGUGCGUGCUGGACGUGGAUUGGGCCCAUGACGAUUCGGACAAGCCGCUGAAGCCUUGGGGCGCACCCUCUCCCUUCAAUGCAGCCGAGUACAAAUCGUCGUGCCGUGAUGCUUGGAAGAAGCACUGGAAGGAGAAAUCAGACUUGAAAGGUGCACGCCGCUACUUGGCCGUCAAAGAGAAUCACGUUCUCAGCGGGGUCCCGCUGCACUUCUCCAGCUCGGACUUGAAGGAGAUUCGAAAGUGCAUCAUGGGAUGCAAGCCUAUCCAGGAGUAUUUCCGGUACCCCUCAGAUGACAUUUUCUUCUUUGCUGUCGCGAAGGUCUUCCCGCUGCCUGACAGUGUGUGCUCCGUCUGGGUGUUCAUGGGCGCCGAGGUGAAGAUGCCUCGUGAGCGCAUCAUGCAGCUGUGCAAGGAGCAGAAGGAAGCCGAAGCUGCGAUGUUCGAAGAAGAGGAACAGGCCAUGGAGGGAGCUGAGGAGGAAGACAUUGAGGACCUCGAGGCACCCCCGGAGGUGAAGGAGGAGGCCCCACCACCUCCGCCGGAGGUGAAAGACGAAGGUCAGGACCUCUACGCAUCCGCCGAGGCCGACAAGAAGCUGGAGCAGCUCCAGCAGGGCAAAGACGACUCCAAGGACGACGAGAAGAAAACGAAGAAAAAGGACAAAGAGUCUGAGUGA